AUGGGACAAGGGAGAUUCCAUUACACAGACAGCGAGCCAGAAGCAGGGGAAGAAACCCCUCCAGAAUGGUGGCGCUGCAACGACCCCCUGUGCACUUGCCAGAAAGCACCAGAGGUACCUCCUAAGGAGGCUCUCGGGCUGCUCAUGUACGAUGCAGAACCGGGAAAGAUGAAUCAGCUCCAUGGACCAACCACCCAACUCGACGUUACAUUUGACAUCAUCCUCGGUAUCAUGCGUCUGAAGCAAAAGCUUCGUGAUCCAAAAACAUGGCCAGAAGUACAGAGCGUGGUGACAGUGGAAGCCAACACAAUGAACAGCGCCUUCGUCAACCUGGAGGGUCUUGCCGAUAACUCUCUUCUGUUUACUUUCAAGCUCCUUUCGGCUGAUCCUGCAAAAACCAAAGCCAACCCCAAGACUAAUGGAAUGAAUACGAACGGAACAAACACCAACGGAAUGAAGACCAAUGGAAAGCAGAAGAAGCAUAAUCUACGACCAAAGCUAACACAAGAGAUCUUGGGAUUCUUUCCUGACGACCAGACGGCCGAAUGCCCACUCUUCAAAGCCGUGAAUGAGAACACCCACAACGAAAAGACCCUGCAACUUCAUCUUCCAGAAAACCGCAUAGACUCAUGGCUGACUGCUGCCUUGAUCCUGCUCACGUACAGGGAGAUCAACCCCACGAUCUGGUACCGCGUCACCACCAAACAGAAAGAAAAGGGCAUUGCAGGACUCAACUGGGUUCAGAUCCGAGAGAAGACGGCACCGAUUCAGACAACACUGAGUGACGAGGCAAGGGAAAAGUGCCGACUCGCCUUUACUGAGGAGCUGGCAAGGUGGGCUGCUAUUGAACAACAGGCUAUUCGCCUUGGAUUGCAGGGCAACCCUACGCAGGGAUAUGUUGGGUUCUCGGCCAUGAUGGAUCCGACCAAGCAUUCCCAAUUGCGUGCGGGGGAUCUGGGAUUCAGAGGCUGA